GACCUGGUCUGUGGACAGCAUUACUCUGUUGUAGUGGAGGCCAUGCACACAGGAUGCUCUGGCCCUGCCAGCACCCCCGCCUGGCUGGUUACAGAGCCCUGUGUCCCCAUGAAUCUCUCCGUCCACUACAAUGUGAGCACGGCCCAGGUGAUGUGGGCGGCAGCACGAGGUGCCAGCUCAUACUCCGUCCAGGCUGUGGCUGACCUGGGCUCGGGGGUCACCUGUAACACCAACAACACCACCUGCUCCAUGAACGGCCUGCAGUGUGGUCAGAUCUACAACGUCACUGUGAUGGCACGAAACACCGUCUGUGACAGUAUGAUCUCUGAAACUAGUCGCCUCAUGACAGAACCCUGCCCACCCACCAACGUGCAAGUCAGUAAGGCGUGUGAACAACUCACUGCGACUGUUUCCUGGCAGCAGAGUGACUUCGCUGUGGGUUAUGUCGCCUUCUUUGACAACCAAGGUGGCCACUUCGAUUCCUGUUAUGGCACAGACACAAGUACCCAAUGUGUUGUCUCAGGGCUGAUGUGUGGAACAGAGUACAACGUCUGGGUCAAGGCACUGGGUCAGCAGUACAACAGCUCUGACAGCGCAGUGGUCUCAUUUACAGAACCUUGCCAGACGAGCAGCAUCACAGCCAUUAUGGACUGUGAGGCCGACUCUGCUACAAUAUCCUGGCAGCCCAGCGUUGGAGUUGUGUCCUGUGUUACUGAGCUGACGGCUUCAUCAGGUCACACCACCAGCUGCACCACCAACAACACCAACUGUCAGCUGAGCUCCCUGCAGUGUGGAGAGGAAUACAAUGUCACUGUGAAGGCUCUGGGAAAUACUUGCAACCAAACUGCUCACAUGGCAGGACACCUCACCACAGAGCCCUGUGUCCCCAUGAAUCUCUCCGUCCACCACAAUGUGGGCACUGCCCAGGUGAUGUGGGCUGCAGCACGAGGUGCCACCUCAUACUCUGUCCAGGCUGUGGCUGACCUGGGCUCGGGGGUCACCUGUAACACCACCAACACCACCUGCUCCAUCAAUGGUCUGCAGUGUGGUCAGAUCUACAACGUCACUGUGAUGGCACAAAACCUGGCCUGCAACAGCACUUCUGAACCCUACCACCACAUGACAGAACCCUGCCCACCCACCAACGUUCAAGUCAGUAUGGCGUGUGAACAACUCACUGCGACUGUUUCCUGGCAGCAGAGUGACUUCGCUGUGGGUUAUGUCGCCUACUUUGACAACCAAGGUGGCCACUCCGCUUCCUGUUAUGGCACAGACACAAGUACCCAAUGUGUUGUCUCAGGGCUGAUGUGUGGCACAGAGUACAAUGUCUGGGUCAAGGCGCUGGGUCAGCAGUACAACAGCUCUGACAGCACAGUGGUCUCGCUUACAUCAGCUCCAUGUCUGCCCAGAGAGGUAGAGAUAGAGGUGGACUGUAUUCAUGAUGGCGCUGCCGUUGUGUCCUGGAAUGCUACUUAUGGCGCAGCAAACUUUUCCCUGACAGCCAUGGUCAGUGGAAGUCUUCUGUCACUGUGUGAAACUCAGCCGAACAGCUGUAACGUGACGGGUUUAAGUUGUGGAGAAACCUACAACCUCAACUUCACCGCCAGCAACGAACAGUGCAGCCUCAGUGCGCCGAUGCAAGCUAACCUCACAACGCGUCCUUGUCCUCCUCAGCGUGUAGAUGUGUCCCUGCAGUGUGGCUCCCACACCGCAGUCCUGUCCUGGGAGGAGAGAUCUGAUGUUGAGCUGUACGUAGCUAACGCCAUCAAGACAUCAGGAGGGCCGGUGCAGACGUGUAACUCUACAGGCUCUACGUGUCAGUUUGCCAGUCUGGACUGUGGAGAGACGUACAACUUUACCGUAACAGCAGACAGUCAAGGCUGCAGGAGCCAGGCCAGCAGCACCGUGUCCAUCCAAACAGCACCAUGCCCCCCCAGCGAUGUGACGACCUAUGCACAGUGUGAGUUUAACAUGGGCUCAGUCAGCUGGGGGUCCAGUGAUGGCGCUGAAACAUAUGUUGCUGUAGCAACUGGGCUUGAUGGCCACGCCCACCAGUGUCUCACCAACAGCACCGACUGCAGCUGGAACGACCUGCACUGUGGAGAGGAGUACACUGUUGUAGUGAGGGCAAAGAAUGGCAACUGCACAAGCCUGCCUAGCAACAGCUCCAUCAUCUAUAUGGCACCAUGCCCCCCCAGCGAUGUGACGACCUAUGCACAGUGUGAGUUUAACAUGGGCUCAGUCAGCUGGGGGUCCAGUGAUGGCGCUGAAACAUAUGUUGCUGUAGCAACUGGGCUUGAUGGCCACGCCCACCAGUGUCUCACCAACAGCACCGACUGCAGCUGGAACGACCUGCACUGUGGAGAGGAGUACACUGUUGUAGUGAGGGCAAAGAAUGGCAACUGCACAAGCCUGCCUAGCAACAGCUCCAUCAUCUAUAUGGAGCCUUGCCAGCCUGUGAACGUUUCUGCUCAGGUGCUCUGUCAGAGUGAGCAGGUCCAGAUCUCCUGGUACCAAGCAAGUGGUGUCAUGAAUUACUUAGUAACAACCACUGGGAGCCUUGGAUACGUGAAGAUCCACAACGCAACCCAGAGUAUUCCGGCAGCUACUUUACCAUGCGGACAGGACUACAAUGUGACUGUACAAGCACAAGGCAGUGACUGUGACAGCAUCCCCAGCAGCCCCGCCUUCUUCAAAACUGCACCAUGCCCCCCCAGCGAUGUGACGACCUAUGCACAGUGUGAGUUUAACAUGGGCUCAGUCAGCUGGGGGUCCAGUGAUGGCGCUGAAACAUAUGUUGCUGUAGCAACUGGGCUUGAUGGCCACGCCCACCAGUGUCUCACCAACAGCACCGACUGCAGCUGGAACGACCUGCACUGUGGAGAGGAGUACACUGUUGUAGUGAGGGCAAAGAAUGGCAACUGCACAAGCCUGCCUAGCAACAGCUCCAUCAUCUAUAUGGCGCCCUGCCCGCCUCAGAACCUGAGUGCUGAGGUCGACUGUUUGUCAAACGACCUGAUGAUUUAUUGGGAUGCCGUCAGAGAAGCAGACCACUUUUUGACAUCAGUAACUGCAGACAAUGGAGUAACCAUCGGUGGCUAUAACACCACAAACACUGCAUGUUCCAUCAGAAAUGUGACAUGUGGGAAAACAUUCAGUGUUCAUGUCACCUCCAUCAGAGGCGCCUGCAGAAGCCAGCAGAGUCAGGCCUACAGUAUCAUGUCAGCUCCCUGCCAGCCUGAGAGAAUUAGUGGCAGGCUCGAUUGUGUGACAAAUUCUGCCUGGAUAUCAUGGGACGCUGCUCCAGGGGCAGACAGCUAUACUGUGUCAGCUGUAGGUGAAGACAACUAUACAGGCAACUGCACCUCUUCCUCCAACACAACCUGUGAGGUGGAAGACCUGGCCUGUGGUUCACUAUAUAACUUCAGUGUUAUUGCUAAAAACAGCAAAUGUGAGAGUCAGCCAAGCGCCACGAUCGACCUGCAGACAGCUCCCUGCACCCUCUCUGGUAUCACAGCGGUUGCUCAGUGCCACAAUUCCUCAAUCCUCGUGUUGUGGGAUGCAGAGGGAAACACUGUGUACACUGCCACAGCAGAAGCCAGUGAUCACACCUACCUCUCCUGCAAUAAUACUGGCACUAGCUGCUACCUCCAUGGAGCCCAGUGUGGUCUCCAUUACACCAUCAUUGUUGCCGCUUCAUCAGACCAGUGCAGCAGUCUGAGGAGUCCACCAUACAGAAUAAGCAUGGAGCCGUGUCCACCCAGUAACGUGGUGGUUGGGUCAACCUGUGCGGACGACAGUGCGCUGGUGUCCUGGAGCCCCUCUCUUGUAGCUGAAACAUAUCAUGUGGUCGCAAUGGGCGCAAAUGGACAUGUGCAUACAUGCAACACCACCUCCAGUAACUGCAGCAUAUCGGAGCUCCACUGUGGCCAGCAGUAUGACAUAUCUGUGACUGCCAGCCGCGAGAACUGCACCAGCAAAGCCAGUCAAAACGCUACACUUAACACAGGUCCCUGCCAGCCAGAUGGUCUCUCAGUUAUUUCACACUGUAACAAUCAGUCCGCAUUGUUGUCAUGGACUCCCGGAGAUAACGCUGUGGACUACUAUGGCUGUGCCCAGGCCGAAAAUGGAGACAUGCUGUACUGUGAAAGCACAAAUCCCAGCUGCACCAUCCAGGGCCUUGAUUGUGGAACACUUUACAAUUUCACUGUUCAGGCCUCAGAUGGGACAUGCAACAGCUCCGUCAGUGAACCAGUGCAGAGUGGAGCAGCCCCUUGUCCCCCAGACAGUGUUGAUGUGGAGUUCUUUACGAUGCAGAAUGAAGCCCAGAUGUUGUACUUCAACUGGUCUCAGAUCACCUGUAGAGACACUGAGUAUUUGCUGGAGUUAAACGGAAGUCUGCUGGGAGAUAGCCAGGCCCUGUUUGAGAUCUCUUCCUAUUGGACAAGCAUGACGCACUUUGAGAUUCCUCUCCCCUGCGGUUCAUCCUACUGGGCUACAGUGGAGAGCAGGAACACUGGUGGUACCAGCCAGCCCUCUGUGCCGCUCAGUGGUACAACAGCUCCAUGUCCACCAAUAGCAGUGGAGUACAGUGGUAACAACACCUUUGCCACAGUUUCAUGGAACACGUCAGUGUUUGCCACCUCAUACACCGUGUACGACAACAGUGUGACGCCCAGAUCUCAGCUGUGCAGCACUGCAGGACUGUCCUGUUCUCUGCACAGCAUCACUUCCACUGACCUGGUGAUAACAGCCAGCAACACAGCUGGGGACAGUGAAGAGACAAGUGUGUCAAUCGCAGGUUCCUCAGGUCGCAGAAGAAGAGAUCUAAGUGGACACUCCCUAGAAAAUGGAGGCCUCCCAGCUCCAGUACUACAUGUCAAACAAGCACUGCCAACAGUUAUUUUCCUGGAGUGGUCUCCAGUUGAAGCUGCCUCCCAGUACAGCCUGCUCAUCAGGAAGCAGGACAGCUCCAGAGAGUCAGAGGAGAUAACGGUGCAGGGCGAGAGCAUCAUUCUCACUGAUCUGAUUCCAAACUCGGCCUACUGUUUCUCUGUGUCGGCCGAGUACACUGCAACUAGUGGACCUCAGUCGGAGCCUGUGUGUGUGCAAACAGCACAGGAGCUGUCCCAAUAGGAAAACACUUGUGUAGACACAGCUAGGGGUCUGCAAACGUCUCAGGACUCAAAUGUGGGGAUAACUGUCAAGGUGGCAGCAUUGUCAACAUAUGAGAAUGACAAAUUGUUUACCAUUUACCAAAUAACAAUAACUUUAGUUCUGUAACCUUGAUAAGAUUUCAUGUGACAUCUUUUGAUAUAACACGGGAAUUAGCAUGGGUUACAUAUAUUUACACUCAUGAGGUAUGACACUAACAUAUAUUCCAAAGAGCUCAUGACCAAAGGGUUUUAAGUUUAUCUUUUCUAUACUGUGUAAAAAACAUAUUAUCAUUUGCCUACUGUUGGUUGAAGUUACAUAUUUUAUAUCUGGGGGUUUGUUCUAUUUCAUAUAUUUGCAUUGCUUUUGUAAAUUAUGUAAUAGUCA